UUUUCCUCUAAUCUAAUCAAAAUCAGAGCUAAAAAAAUCAUUACCAAAACCAAAUUUUAGCUUGCCUGAGGUCAGAAGAGAUAAAAACUAGUUUGAUCAUGAUCUUCUUUCUUCUUUGACGAUCACAAUUCGUAAACCCUAAUUCUCAAACUAUGCUGACUCUUUACGGUCAAGAAAGGUCACCGGACGCCACAAGUAACCACAGAGAUGAUGAGACGACGGAGACUAUCGUGAGAGACAUCCACGCGCUAACUCCGACGCCGGAGGAUAACUCCCGGACGAUGACGACGACGACUUUGCCUCCACCGCCUGCUUUCCGAGGCUAUUUUUCUCCACCAAGGUCAGCAACUACCAUGAGCGAAGGAGCUUCUUCAGGAGAGAACUUCACAACUAUAAGCAGAGAGUUCAACGCUCUUGUCAUCGCCGGCUCCUCCAUGGAAAACAACGAACCAACGGCUCGUAACGUCACGCAGCGUGAAGAUGAGAGACAACACGACUUGAUGAGGAUUCACGAGGAGAGGGAUCAUCAUGAAGAGGAGACGAAUCCUUUGGCAAUUGUGCCUGACCAGUAUCCGAGUCCGGUUUUGGAUUCUGGAAGUGAGAAUGGACCGGGUCAGGGUCAGGGUCGGGUUGGGACGACGACGGUGCAAAGGGUGAAGAGGGAAGAGGUGGAAGCGAAGAUAACGGCGUGGCAGACGGCAAAACUGGCUAAGAUCAAUAACAGGUUUAAGAGAGAAGACGCCGUUAUUAACGGUUGGGUUAAUGAACAAGUCAACAAGGCCAAUUCUUGGAUGAAGAAAAUCGAGAGGAAGCUAGAGGAGAGAAAAGCGAAAGCGAUGGAGAAAACGCAAAACAAAGUGGCAAAAGCAAAGAGGAAAGCAGAGGAGAGAAGAGCGACGGCAGAGGCAAAGAGAGGGACAGAGGUUGCAAAAGUUGUUGAAGUUGCUAAUCUCUUGAGAGCUGUCGGACGCCCUCCUCCCAAACGCUCAUUCUUCUCUUCCUCCUAGUUCCUUUUUUUUUUUUCUUUUUUUUUUGUGUGUAUAAUCAAACCAUUAAAUUAAACAUUACUUGUUGUAUAUACAUAUUAGUUAUAUUUGCUAAAAAAGGGGACAUUUAGGUUAUAAUAUACGCAUAAAUGAGAGUGUACGUACGUAGUA